UGGAAUUCUCGUAAUGCGCAUGCGCACUCGAGUCCACAAGCGUGGAAGUUAUAUCAGCAGCUGUUUGACAGCAGAGAGCGCUUGCAUGCGUUUACUGUUGCGUAGCCACCCACACCAUCAGGAGCGAUUUUAGAGAAGGUUCUGUCCAGAUUAAUCAUGAGGAUCGCUGUUCUUGGCGCGACCGGUCAGACCGGGCAGCAGCUGGUCAAUCAGGCUCUUCAGCAAGGACACUGUGUCACGGCCGUCGUCAGAAACCCGGGAAAACUGACGCUGACGCACGAGAACCUCAAGGUGGUUGAAGCAGACAUUUUCUCAGAAGACAGCCUGAAACCGCACUUCAAAGGUCAGGAUGCUGUGUUGUCCUGUCUUGGCUUUCCGAUCUCAUUUUUAUACGGAGUCACUGGCUACACCCAGUCUAUGAAGGCAGCAUUAAAUGCUAUGCGUGAAGUCAAAGUCAAUCGAAUCAUCACCAUGACCUCAUGGUACACUGACCCUAAUUCAGGCUCCAAUUCUUCCUUUCUCAUCCGCUUCAUGUUGCUUCCCAUGAUUAGAAGUGUUCUGAACAACAUGUAUGAAAUGGAAAGCUUUCUCAAGCAGACUGACGACAUCAACUGGACUGUUGUCCGUCCUCCUGGUCUGAAGAAUAUUCCAACAACAGCCAACGAGUUCCUCACUCAUGAAGGUUAUUAUGUCCCUGAUGAAAAUGGUCUGCCGAUCGGUCAGUCUGUGUCAAGAGGAGAUGUGGCUCGUUUCAUGCUCUCUCUACUCAGUAACAAUGCUUGGAUGAAGAAAGCUGUUGCUAUCAUCACCAAAUGAGUUUGCACUUCGCUUUAUCAUUACUUUUAUAUCACUUGCCAAACAGCUUUUAACAGUUUAAUUCAAUUGAUAAAACAUUUUAAUUUAAAGCACUUAUUCAGUACAUCUGGCUUUAUGUCACACAUAGCAGUUUGCAAAGACUGUCAGACUAGCAAAUAAUAUGCUAAUAAUAUGUUUGUCCAUUUGUCCUACUUUCUAAAGGAUUUUAAGGGGUUUCUCAGUACCAAAGAAGGGUUAGCAGAAUUACAAGAAAAUAUAAUUCAUAAAACCAUAAAACAUUUUGUUGCCCAUUGUUUGGGACACUUUGUAAUGUAAAUGGGUAUUGAAAUGAAAAGAAUAAUUUCAUGAGCUGUUUUCUUCUCAAACAUACUGUAUAUGAAUUUUGGAAUUAAAUGUCAACAGUCACAUUUUUAAUAAGAAAACAGACUAAUUUAUAAUCAUUAUUAGUUUACUAACAUCAAGCCUAUAUGCAUAUUAGUUUGUUGAUUCACUGCAUAACACAAAACAUUAACAUCAUUAGGAAAACUUUCUUGACCUUCCAAGUUAUAAUGCUGUCUAACAGUGCAGGUUAUUGGUUUCUUUGUAUUAUAAUUUUUUUACUUUUUGAAUAUUUUAUGUUGAUUUUUGUAGUACAUAUCUAUUGAUUUUUUUUUCUUCUUUUUUUUAAACAGCACACUACAGAGUUUGCAGUUUUACAGUUACAUACAUUUUUAGAAGUUCAGUUUAAAAUUAUGGCUACAUCUGAAAGUUAAAUUUCUGAUUUUGGCCUACUAUUAAACAUGUAGUUGUAAGCUAUGUAUGAAAAUGUAAAAAUGCAUCAAUGAAGUGCACUACAACAAAACACCCAUGGUUCCUUACACAAACCACUAGAUGGCUCUUGGAAGUACUGGCUUGCAUUUGAUGAAACAGCCAGUUUAGCAUGAGCACACAGAAAUCCGAUUUUUGGAGCCAAAUUCUUGGUGACCUUCUUUGCCAUUAUUGCUGGUUUUUUGUUGAUGAGCAGGUGAAUGAAUUAAAUUGUUCUUUAAGAUGCAGUCUGCUAUGAACUUUAUGCAACUGGUGUGAACAAAGUGUCUUAUGACCACAUGAGCGCAGUGUUGCUCUGUUUUUAAUAAACUGCUUGUAUACCCUGCCUGUGCCUUGAGAAUGUUAUCAAGUCUUACAUUAAGUGUUGUAAGCUGAUAGCUGCCCAAUAAAAAUAAGAAAAGUU